UCAGUCACUUCUCUCUCUCUCUCUCUCUCUCUCUCUCUCUCUCUCUCUAGAUUUCUCUCAGUUCCUUCCAGCCAUGGCGAUCGAGUCUCUGCAGCUCUCGAUCCUCAUCGCAGCCAUCUUCUUCUCCGCAACCACGACCUCCAUGGACGAAGAUCUCUUCGCCUCGCCGCAGUCUCAAGCGCGGCGGCCGGAGCUGAUCCGUGACGACUCGCUCUCGCCGACCUCGCUCCUCGAGCCCAUCCUCUCCCACCUCGGCUUCCACGACCUCGCCAUGGCGGUCCCCUCCCUGACCGACUCGCCGUCGUUCACGACGUGGAACGGUCCCUCCACCCUCUUCGCCCCCUCCGACUCCUCCCUCAAGUCCUGCGCCUCCUGCUCCGUCCCCCGCAUCCUCAGCGAGCACAUCGUCCCCGGCCUCUUCAGCUUCGGCUACCUCCAGAAGCUCGCCUUCGGCACCAAGGUCGAGACGAUGAGCCCCGGCCACUGCCUCACCGUCACUUCGGCCACUCACCGCGUUACCAACACCACCAGGAUCUUCAUCGACGGCGUCGAGAUCUCUCGCCCCGACAUGUUCAACAACGGAAUCGUCGUCGUCCACGGCCUCGAAGGCUUCAUCGCGCCGCUGUCCCCUUUCUCCUGCAGCAUCGAGAAGAUGACGUCCCUGGCGUUCCCGUUCUCGCUCCCGCCGCCGGUGUCCUCCUCCUUCUCUCCUUCGCCGCUCAUGCGCCUGAUGCUGCGCGACGCGGUGCUGCGCCUCCGGACCAGCGGCUUCGGCAUCCUGGCGCUCGCGAUCAAGAUCAAGUACCCCGAGCUGGUGAAUCUCCAGAACGCGACCAUCUUCACCGUCGACGACUUCUCGAUCUUCACCGGCGCGAUCAGCUACGUCAACAACGUGCGGUUCCACAUCGUGCCCAACCGGUACCUCGCGAUGGCCGACCUGGAGAGACUGCCGGCGGGGACGGUGCUGCCGUCCCUGGAGGCGGGCCAGUAUCUGGCCGUGACGACGGCAGGUGGGCCGGCGACGAUGAGGAUCAACUACGUGAGGAUGAAGAGCCCCGACGUGAUGAGGAAUCAGAAGGUCGUGGUGCACUCCUUGUUCCUGCCGUUCCCUCAUCUUCACCCGGCGUCCCUCGAUGGACUGAUCAACGGUCAAGAUCACGUCGAGGAGAACGUCGCCGCCGCUAACCAGGGCAUGAAGGACUCGUGCGCUGCUCUUGAGGAGAAUGGAGGUUGCGAGGUGAUUCCUCCAUGAAAAUUUCCACUGUUUGUGACGCUUUCUUUUGCCGCCUUAGGUCAUUUCUACUUUCCCGCUCCCCUUGGUGCAGAGUCGUUCAGGGUGCUUUCGGUUUUUUCGGUCUCCUUUCUUUUUUUUUCCUUUGAAUUGUGGGACUUGCUUCAAUAAAAAUUGAACUGCAUGCCGAGGAAUGAGUGGGUAACAUCAAAUUCUGCUGUUUACGGCCUGUCGAUUUGCUAGUAGAGGAUGGACUUUGAUGCCUUCUUUUGUCUAUCCGUUUCAUCCGCUGGCAGUUUAAUACCUUAUAGACCUUUGGAAAAACGCCAUACAGGGAACACACAGUAGUCCAAACCACAAAUAAGAGUAGAUCACCAGAAAGAUUCAAGUACGGCUCGUUGCCGUGCUUUGGCCUUGAAAAAUCAAAGCUUUCGACCAAAGACAUCACCACAUGGAAAAGAGCAGAA